UUGGCCGUCAAUAGUAGACAGCAGAUAAAAGUUGGCUUGUGCUACAAUAACAUCGAGACAUUGGUAUUUAUUGAUAUCACAUGUUCCUCGUGAUCUGUCGAGGCUGCCUGCUUAUUAAUGUGAUUUACAAAGGCGUGUUAUUCAAAGUUACUUUAUGAAAUCCUAAUGUAAAAAAGGGUUAAAUAAAUAAGUUUACAAAUACAAUGGCUGAAUCUUCAUCUCCUAACUUUAGCAAUUUUCCCAGCACGUCGUCGGGCACAGUUCACGCUGAUGAGGGAGUGAUUUCUGUAGACGUUUCCAAAGAAGAUCUAGUAGAUUCCAUCGGAGAGAUGUGCGACUCUUCGAUACCUCCUGAUUUGAUCAUGUCUACAGAAGGUGCCAUGGACCAAGACGAUCCAACAAGACUUACUUUAGCCUAUGAAAACUUGUACGAACUGCCUAGAACUAUUGUGGAACGAUUUGCCGACCAUAUCAGAUAUUUGGACAUCAGCCACAAUAAGAUUACGAACUUGGAUGCGCUGGUGCACUUCAAACAUCUGACGUCAUUAAUUGCCGACAGUAACCCCAUCACAGAAAACUGCUUCCUGCCUCCACUGCCCAAAUUAGAGCUGUUGUGGCUAAACCACUGCAAAAUUGCAUCCCUCUACCCGUGGGUGGGUAAGCUAAAGGAAUCAUGCCCCAAUCUCCAAUAUCUGUGUCUGAUGGGCAACCCUGCUGCACCCAGCUACCUCAAUGGCGGAACAUUCUAUGAAUAUCUACAAUACAGACUUUUCGUCAUCUCCCAAUUUCCAACUCUCAACCACUUGGACGAUCGUAAAGUAACUGAGGACCAACAAAUCGAAGCUCAACGUUUAUACAAGAGGCCAUUUCUGGAGAGACUGGUCAAGCCAGGGUCCGGAGGCUUGAACAAGCUGGUCAACUCCACAGUGUCCUGGGGCAAUGUGCAAGGUAAACUCGCUUCUAUUUUGGGUAAGGAUCGGCAAAAUAGAAACUUGCUGAUAUAGUAGCUACUCUCAGAUUUUUAAUUCCAGUCAUUAAGUUGACAUUCGUCAUAAAGUUUGUGUCUAAUCAAAAAGGCAGCUAUUUCUAGUGGUUAUGAAUAAGUGAUGUUGUAUUUCUAUGACCCAAAUGUUAAUAUUAAUGACCUGAAUUAAAAACUGAGGUAACAUUUUGAACUGUUAUUUAACCUCAUCUUUAUUCGAUUUCGAAUUCGCUCAAUAUUAGAUUAAAAAUAUUUUUACCUAUGAAAUAGUAAUACGAAUAAUAAUAAUCAUCUACGCUUAUAUUAUACCUAAUCUUUAGCAUUCUAGAUAAGUUGUGAUAAAUUUUGAGACUACUGAAAUUCCAUUUAUUAGUACACAAAAAGGGUUUAAUUUACCCUUUUUAUUCAUAGCUAAUAAUAAAUAGUCCCAACCAUCAAACAUAAUUUAAUAAAAGCUUGUAUAUUAAUAAAGGCCGUGGAUAUUAUCUAGCUAGAAGUACAAAUACAGACCCUCAAAAACUAAGUGAGACAGUGAGUUAGUUUUCUGUACUUUGUCAUUAGUAUGACCUUUUGAUAUUUAUCGUUAUCUGAGAUUUUAUAGGGCUUAUAAUAAUACAGUUACCUAUAAGCGUUUUUAACAUAUUAAUAAUUGUCUAGUUGUGUAUAUUUAAACUCUUUGAAUACACUCUAUUUCAAUAUCUAUCGAAAAAGACUGUUCGACAAAUAAAUUACUUGUUCCAUUCUUUGUAUAGACCCAAUAUACUGAACUGUCCUACCCGUGACAUUGACAGGGGGGCGCCACCGUCAAUGCCAGAUCGCUGUUUCCGAUUUUUGCCAUGUUGGAAACUAUAUAGUUGAACGAUGGUGGCGCCCCCUGUCAAUGAAUUUGGUGGGACAGUUCAGUGUAGGUCAUCUUUAAAAUCGAAUUUAUUACGUAUACUUACGUUUAAAAAUAUUAUUAAUUAAUUUUAGUUAGUUAUAAGCGGUUGUGAAUGUGUUGUUGAUUGGUGAAUUUGUGUGCAAUAUUUAGCCAAACAUUAAUUCCCUCAGCUUUAAAACAGAACAAAAACAGAAAGCCUAAACUUUUGAUUAUAAUAUAAGUUUAUCUAAAUUUGAUACCAUAUUUACAAUUUUUUAUUUAUUUUAUGAUACAACAAAAUUUUUAUAAACAAAAAAUUGCUAACUGUUCUUAGUAAGAAGAUUAUAACUCUUUUCUUAUUCAAUACAAUAUCAUAUUAUAAAAGUUUUUUAUAUACAUAUUAAAUUAACUAUCUUACUUCUAAUAUUAGUAUGUGAAACUUGCUCUCUAUACAGGGUGAAUUUUUGAAACUGGUAACAAACUACUAGAUCCAAAAAAGUGUGAGUGGAGUCGUUACAAUACAGGUACCUAUAUUUUUGGCAGCUAAACGAUUAAGAUAAUACUCCACUGCCAUAUCUCAAAAAUCCACCUUGUAACAACAAUAUUAGCAUUUUAAGCAUUUUUAAAUAAUAGUAUACCACAUAGCGUAAGAGACGGGUGGGUAAAAAUAUAAACAGUUCACUGUUCUGCCAACCAACUCACCCUGUAUGUUUAAAUAAUUAUUACCUUUUUAAAGUUUAUACUAAUCAAGUUGUUUAUAUGAAUAAAUCAUUUUAAAAGUU